UCAAUGAUGGCGGCUUUUUCAUCGAUAAAUAUUAUCAUAUUUUUGAUAAUAAUAAUUUCAACCGUUUAUACAUUACCGAUUGAUAAAUUGCGUGACAAUCAAAUAAAACAAAAAUCAAUAUCAAGAUCAUUAUCAUCAACAUCAUUGAAUAAUAUUACAAUGGAACAACGUAUGUUAACCGAUACAAUGAACGAAUUAGAAUGGUUAUUACAUCAAUUAAUCGAUUUACUUACCGAUAUGGUUGAUGGUAUUGAAAAUGAUCAAUUAUUAUUACAGGAUAAUAAUUUUCGUAAAAUAUUAAUACAAGUAAUUAAACGUAUUGAUUUUAUAUUACAACAUUUUGAAAAUUCAAUUGAUCCAACAUUAUUGUUGAAUAAUAAUAUACAAAAUGAAUUGAAUCGUUUAGAUUGUAUACGUAUACGUUUAGCUAAUUAUCUAAGUCAAUCAAGACGUUUUGAUGAUUCAAAAUGUUAUCCUUUGAUAUUAUCAACAACAACAAAACCAUCAUCAUCAUCAACAUCGACAAAUAAUGAUGAAAUUAUACCAGUUCUAACACAAAUUGUUUCACUUUUAGUACAAAUAUCACAACAAUUAUAUCAUAUUGAAAAUGAUUUACAUGGCAAUAGAAUUGGUAUGGCUAAUCUAUCAUCAACAACAACAACAACCGAAUCAACGAUUGCAAAUAAUCGAAGAUCAACAAUAGCUGAAAUUGAUUGGGAUCGUUUAUUCAAUCAAACUCGAAUAACAUCAAUGCCUGAUUAUGGUACAACAUUUGAUUUUGAUCAUGCUAUUAAUGGUGAUAAUCAGUCAAUGACAACUGGUAAUUGGUCGGAUUUAAUUUCACAAAUAAUGAAUGGAAUGUCAACAACAACAACAAUGUCUACAAUGUCAAAUAUGGUAACAUCAUCGACAACAACAACAACAAAAAUGGGAGCAAUGACAACCAAUUGGGAGGAUAUGAUGAAUGAAAUGAUACGUGAUUUUAAUCAACAACAACAACAAAUAAUGAAUGUAUCGGGAUCGAAUACAAAUUCAGCCCACAACAAUAAUCGACCAAACAACAUCGAUAUGAAUGUUGAUGAAUGUAUUAGUAACAUAUUAGGAAUUAUUGAUGCAAUACAAAAUCAAACUCAAACAACAACUACUAUUUCAAUUAUUUAGCAUAUGAAAUGAAUGAAUUUUGACAAAUACAAUAUGGUAACGAUUGAUGGCGUAAACCGAACCUGAUG